GCCACUGAUGAGGAGGGCUAGUAUCUCCUCCUCUUCUUCUUCCUCUUACACAGUCUGCAUUUCACAUUUCACAAUAUUUUGGAACCUCAUAAGCGCGUGCACUGAUACAGUUUCCGACUUUUCCCGAUCCCCCACGCUGGGUUUCCCAAUAUUGGCCAGUUCGGUUCGUGCAGUUCGGUUCGUGUUAUGAGAAAUCCUUUUUGUUGUUGCAUAGCCUUAAGGCACCGCAUGAUUUCCAGCAGCCAGAGAGAGAGAGACAAUCGUGUGAACUGCUCCCACUUGAAGAUGGCGGUUGUGAUGCUGUCUGGGACCGGAGCACAGUGCUGGAUCUGCAUAGGACGCUAACUUGAUGGAUAUAAAGACAAUGUUCCGUUUUUAUUUUCUCUGUCUUCUGGACUGGACUCUUUUGGGAUUGUGUUAUUAGGGCAUAGGCACACUUUCAACACCGGCUGAAAGUGGACUGGUCUUUCCGGGGACGGGGAGAGCCAGACGGAUAGCCAUAGCUUGCUAGCUAACACAUUGAUGGUAGUCCAGGCUGGGAGGAAAGUGGAUGAAAAUGUCGGAUACCAAGGUAAAAGUUGCAGUCAGAGUCCGACCCAUGAACCGGAGAGAAACGGAACUGCAUACAAAAUGUGUGGUGGAUAUGGAGGAUAACCAAACUGUUCUGCAUCCACCGCCUUCCAACAAUAAAGGAGAAAACAGCAGGUAAAAACACAUUUACACUUAUUCAACAUCCUGAUAUGUCUUUAUUAUAUAUUGUUUGUGCCUGUGGACCAUUUUAAGAACGUAGUCUUUUAUUUUUGGUGUGACAUGAUUAUUUAGGGAGCGUCUCAAGCUCUGUCCCUCGAGGCAACAACUUUUCCAAGCUAACUUGAUGGAUAUAAAGACAAUGUUGAGUUUUUAUUUUCUCAGUCUUCUGGACUCUUCUGUGAUUGUGUAAUUAGGGCAUACGCACACUU